GGCAUCCUUCGUUGUGAAUAGCAAACAGCUGAUUGGAUUGGUGUUACGCGACGAUUGACUGGUGGAAGGAAAAUUGUCCAUUAAAUUUGGUAACUGUCGGUUUUUUGUAUUAACCAAGGAAAAUGCUACGAACCCUAUUCACAGGCGCCCUGCGUGGCGUGUGUCGCGUUCCGCCGGUUGCGCCGCUGGUGCAGCAGACACAACGUGCCUGUUUUGGCCAGCUAAUGACAACAGUUCAGAAGCCCAGCCUCCUGUCCGCCCACACACUAGCACCAGCCUCGUUGCAGCUCCUUCAAUUGCCCGCUCUGGGAGCUGCAGGAUCACCGCCGCCCGUACGCAGCGUUACCAAAUUUUCGCUCAUCAAGGGCAAGCGCAAGACGGUGAAGGCAGUGCUGAAGCGUUUCAAGCGUCUCGAUUGGGGCGCCUGGAUCCGCACACACUCCGGUCGCCAGAAGAAGCUGUUCAAGAAGUCCAACGCCCUGCGACGCCGAUUACGCCAACAUGUCUUCACCAAUGCCUCUCAAAGCUGGCUGCUGGACAAGAUGGUCACAAACUUCUGGCGGCGACCUAAGCACUACGUGGACGAUCCGUAUGCGCCCUACCACAAACGCGACGAGUACUUUGCCACCAAAUCGAAACAGUUCAAAGUUUAAAACUUGAUUAAAUGCAAUUAUUUCAUUACACAC